AUGGUGCUGAUACAGAUUCUCCCCGGCAUCUUGACAGCUUUAUGUAUCGUUGCCUACCUUCACAAAGCCCUCGGCAUAAAGAAACACGAUGCUGAGCCACCCUUUAUCCCGACCUCAGUACCAUAUUUCGGCCAUCUCCUCGGGUUACUGAGCCAGCAGAUAGCAUAUUAUGCCAAAUUAAGCGCGAAAUAUGGGUAUAAGAUCUACAGCCUCGCCAUGCCAGGUGGACGAAUAUACAUAGUCAAUUCGCCUAGUAUCAUCUCAGAAAUCCAAAAACACCCGACAGUGCUGUCGUUCUGGUUCAUCGAAGCGUCACUUACGAAGAAUCUCGGUGGCAUCAGCAACCAUGCAAACGAGAUCCUUCUAGAGAACGCACGAGGAGACAAAGGACAGCAUAGUCUAGUGGUAGAUGGCAUGAAAGCUACACACAAAGCUAUGUCUGGCCAGAGCCUCGAUCGCAUGACCCUUGCUGCCAUCCAGCGGGCUAAAAAAGAGCUCGAUCGGCUAAGCGACAGGCCGACGGAGCUGGACCUGUGGGAUUGGGUGCAGCGCCUGUUUUCGUUGGCAGUCUCCAACAGCGUCUACGGACCGGACAAUCCGUAUGAGGAUAGAAAACUAGAGCGUGGUCUCUCGGAGUUUGCGGACCAUACGGUCACCUUCUUAACCGGCUUGCCCCCCUGGCUAUUCAUCCCGAAGGCUUAUGCAGCACGCGAGAGCAUCGUUGCUAGUUUCGAGAACUAUUUUGCCGUAAAAAGCGAUGAGAAGGGCUCUGAACUUGUCCAGGCUAGGGCCAGGGUUCUAAGGGAAUAUGGCAUCCCUGAGGCGGACAUUGCACGAUUCGAAGCUGUCAACGGCUUCGGGAUCUUGUUGAAUCUCCUGCCCACUGCAUUUUGGACGGCAUAUCACAUCUUUUCAGACCCCAAACUCCUUGACGAUGUGCGAAAGGAAGCGGAGAUGUAUCUGCCUCCGGAUAACGGUUCGCUACCGUAUGGAACGGAUCACGUAGCCCAGUUGGACAGGAUGACCAUCCUGACUUCCACAUUAAAAGAGUCUUUACGCUUCCAUGCUUCCGGGGCCGCAGCUCGCAUGGUAAUGCAGGACCAUUUGCUGUCGAAUCAAUGGUUACUCAAGAAAGAUUCAUACAUCUUCAUCCCCAACCGAUCGGCGCACUUUGACCAGGAGGCUUGGGGAGACAACGCAGACGAAUUCAAUGCGUACAGGUUUGACCGACAGAGGGGUGAGAAGAUACACGCGGCAGCCUUCCGGGGAUUCGGAGGGGGGGCAAACCUUUGCCCCGGUCGGGUGUUUUCCACCCGGCUUAUCGUGGCGGUUGUGGCCUCAUUGGUGCUGAGGUUCGAUGUGAAGCCGCUGUCGGCCAGUGGAAAAUGGGAAGAUCCUGGGCAUGAUGAAAGCAGCAUGGCAAUUGUCCUGGCGCGCCCAAAGAGGAGAACGAGGGUUGAGAUCGUAUCAAGGGGUAGCUAG